AUGUUGAGUAGUACAACCCUUGCGAAGACCAAAUCCUCAGCUAGCAAACGCCUUUUCUCAACUGCUGAGGUCUUCCGAUCAACAAACGCAGACUGCCUGGGAUGCCGCGCCGACGUUGAUAGCUUCCAGUACCGAAAGCUCGAUAAUGGUGCUGCCACUGGCUUCUGCCCGAUGCAGAUCGCCAUGAAGGAUAAUGGCAAGCCCACACCCUCCAACCCUUAG